AUGCGGUCUGGGGACCCACGACCGUUGCGCCGACGCCGUCUCCACUCAACCCUUCCCUGGGCCCUGGAGGCUCCGGUUAUUCAGCUUCUUAAGGCUGGAAAAGCCAAGGAGGUCUCUUACAAUGCCCUAGCCUCACACAUAAUUUCAGAGGACGGGGAUAAUCCCGAGGUUGGAGAAGCUCGAGAAGUCUUUGACUUACCUGUUGUAAAGCCUUCGUGGGUGACUUUGUCCGUACAGUGUGGAGCUCUUCUGCCAGUCAAUGGAUUUUCUCCAGAGUCAUGUCAGAUUUUUUUUGGAAUCACUGCCUGCCUUUCUCAGGUGUCAUCUGAAGACAGAAGCACCCUGUGGGCUUUGCUCACGUUCCAUGGCGGGAGCUGCCAGCUGAACCUCAACAGGAAAUGCACACACUUGGUCGUGCCAGAGCCAAAGGGGGAGAAGUACGAGUGUGCUGUGAAGCGAGCCGGCAUCAAGGUCGUGACUCCCGACUGGGUCCUGGACUGCGUAUCUGGAAAGACCCGGAAGGAUGAGGCCUUCUACCACCCUCGCCUGAUCAUCUAUGAGGAGGAGGAGGAGGAGGAGGAAGAGGAGGAGGAGGAGGAGGUGGAGAACGAGGAGCAGGACUCACAGAAUGAGGGCAGCACGGAGAAGUCCAGCCCGGCCAGCUCCCAGGAAGGCUCUCCUUCCGGGGACCAGCAGUUUUCACCCAAACCCAGCACCGAGGCGUCCAAAGGGGAACUGAUGUUUGAUGACUCUUCAGAUUCGUCACCUGAAAAGCAAGAGCGGAACUUAAACUGGACCCCGGCGGAGGUCCCUCCGCUGGCUGCUGCGAAGCGCAGGCUGCCUCAGGGAAAGGAACCUGGGCUCAUUAACUUGUGUGCCAAUGUCCCGCCCGUCCCAGGUAACAUUCUGCCUCCUGAUGUCCGGGGUAACUUAAUGGCUUCUGGACAGAAUCUCCAGAGUUCUGAAAGAUCAGAAAUGAUCGCUACUUGGAGUCCAGCUGUGCGGACAUUGAGAAAUAUUACUAAUAAUGCUGACAUUCAGCAGGUUAACCGACCAUCAAAUGUAGCACAUAUAUUACAGUCCCUUUCAGCACCCACAAAAAAUCUAGAGCAGCAGGUGAAUCACAGCCAGCCAGGACAUGCCAACGCCAACGCCAGUGCUGUGCUGUUUAGCCAGGUGAAGGGCGCUCCAGAGACACACAUGCUGCAGCCGCCCCAGCCACAGCAGCAGCAGCACCCAGUUCUGCACCUCCAGCCCCAGCAGAUCAUGCAGCUGCAGCAGCAGCAGCAGAUCUCCCAGCAGCCUUACCCCCAGCAGCCACCACAUCCCUUCUCACAGCAGCAGCAGCAGCAGCAAGUGCAUCAGCACCAGUUUCCUCAGCAACAACUACCGUUUCCACAGCAACAGUUGCAUCCUCAGCAGCAGCUACAUCGCCCUCAGCAGCAGCUGCAGCCGUUUCAGCAACAGCAUGCCCUGCAGCAACAGUUACACCAGCUGCAGCAGCACCAACUGCAACAGCAGCAGUUAGCACAGCUGCAGCAGCAGCAGCACAACCUGCUACAGCAGCAGCAGCUACAGCGCCUGCAGCAGCAGCAGCAGCAACAGCAGCAGCAGCAGAUGCAGAAUCAAACAGCACAACACUUGAGCCAGGCCUCCCAGGCGCUCCAGCACCAGGUUCCACCCCAGCAGCCUCCGCAGCCCCCGCCACCCCCACCCCAGCAUCAGCAGCAGCAGCUUUUUGGACACGACCCAGCAGUGGAGAUUCCAGAAGAAGGCUUCUUACUAGGAUGUGUGUUUGCAAUCGCGGAUUAUCCAGAGCAGAUGUCUGAUAAGCAGCUGUUGGCUACCUGGAAAAGGAUAAUCCAAGCACACGGUGGCACUGUGGACCCCACGUUCACCAGCCGCUGCACACACCUCCUCUGUGAGAGCCAGGUCAGCAGCAUGUAUGCGCAGGCGAUCAGAGAAAGAAAGCGGUGUGUCACUGCGCACUGGCUGAACACGGUGCUGAAGAGGAGGAAGAUGGUGCCGCCUCAUCGGGCCCUUCACUUCCCAGUGGCCUUCCCCCCCGGGGGAAAGCCCUGCUCCCAGCAUAUUAUCUCCGUGACUGGAUUUGUUGACAGUGACAGGGACGACCUGAAGCUAAUGGCGUAUUUGGCAGGUGCCAAAUACACAGGGUACCUGUGCCGGAGCAACACAGUGCUCAUCUGUAAAGAACCAACUGGUUUAAAGUAUGAAAAAGCCAAAGAGUGGAGGAUCCCGUGCGUGAACGCCCAGUGGCUGGGGGACAUCCUGCUGGGGAACUUCGAGGCCCUGCGGCAGAUCCAGUACAGCCGCUACACAGCCUUCAACCUGCAGGACCCCUUCGCGCCCACUCAGCACUUGGUUCUGAAUCUGCUGGACGCUUGGCGAGUCCCCCUGAAGGUGUCGGCAGAGCUGUUGAUGGGUGGAAGGUUACCUCCCAAACUGAAGCAGAACGAAGUCGCCAGUGUCCAGCCUUCUUCCAAAAGGGCCAGGAUUGAAGAUUUACCGCCUCCUACUAAAAAGCUGACUCCAGAGCUGACCCCGUUUGUGCUCUUCACGGGAUUCGAGCCUGCCCAGGUUCAGCAGUACAUUAAGAAGCUCUACAUCCUUGGCGGGGAGGUUGCUGAGUCUGCGCAGAAGUGCACCCACCUCAUCGCCAGCAAGGUGACGCGUACUGUGAAGUUCCUGACGGCCAUCUCUGUGGUAAAGCACAUCGUGACGCCGGAGUGGCUGGAAGAGUGCUUCAAGUGUCAGAAGUUCCUUGAUGAGCAGAACUACAUCCUUCGAGAUGCUGAGGCUGAAGUCCUUUUCUCUUUCAGUUUGGAAGAGUCACUAAAACGAGCACACGUUUCCCCGCUCUUUAAGGCAAAAUAUUUCUAUAUCACCCCUGGAAUCUGCCCAAGCCUUUCAACUAUGAAAGCGAUCGUGGAGUGUGCUGGAGGGAAAGUCCUGGCCAAGCAGCCGUCCUUCCGGAAGCUCAUGGAACACAAGCAGAACAAGAGCCUGUCGGAGAUCAUCUUGAUAUCCUGUGAAAACGACCUGCACCUGUGUGGAGAGUACUUUGCCCGCGGAAUAGAGGUGCACAACGCGGAGUUUGUCCUCACUGGGGUGCUCACGCAGACGCUGGACUAUGAAUCGUAUAAAUUCAACUGAUGGCCUUGCGUGCUGCAGCCCGGAUCCGAGCCCAGGGCUGGCCACCCAUCAUGGCGACACCAGGGCUUCCUUCAGAUGUGCUUGUUUUCCAGCUGCUCCCUUGGGGACAGAUGCAGACGCAGGAGAACACGUGUGUCACUUAUACUGCAUCUUAUUAAGAUGUGUGAUUUUAUUCUGAGGAAACAUAAAUUAUGUUUUGUACUAUAUGACUUUAUGAGCCCACAUUAGGUUUUAUGAUUCAUUUACCAGGUUUUUAAAUGUUUUCACAAAACCAUAUGGAACUUCAGCUACAAAUAAAGUGAUGUAAAUGAAGACCUUGCUAUCUAAAUUAUGGAUGUUAAAGAUUUGAAAUGUUUUGUACUGCGAUUAUUUUUAUUUCUUAUACUCUUUUCUUUUAUAUUGAUAUCUUGCCAACAUUUUAAAUAAAUGUACUUUUGAACUUCA